GAAACUACUUCGCUUCUACGUAUUUCGUUGUCUCGUGCGACGACCUCUCGUGCUCUCUGCGUUGCUAAUGUAAAUCUUUAACUAAUGUUAUUUGAAGCGACAGGGAACAUUAGCACUUUGUCAUGCAUUAUUGUUUUGAGAGGUUACAUUUGACGAACGGAUACGCGGUUAGAAAAUAGCAAGCUAGGAUAAGUAUGUGUUAUCGAUGAAAAUGCCUUCAUAGCUUGGCGACAGUGUGAGAAAUAUGUCUGAUAAUUUGUUGAGGAGAAAAGGAGUGACGUUCACUGUCAGUAGCGCCUGUGUUGACAUACACUACACUUAGCUGGUGCUCCAGUAUUAAAUCUUGUUCGUAUCAGUGUUUUUAAAUGUAUUUUCCCCAGAUAGCACAGUUACACAUCAUCUCGUUAACACUGAUUAACUAGCUAUUUUUAUUGCAUUGUAUGACUACAUAGUCUAAUAUAUUAGACUUACCUGUCUUCGAGGGGGGCUGGUCAUUUUAUUGCAGGUUAUAUUUCCUAAUGGCAAAGGAAGAAUGCAUUACACAGUGGAACAAAACAGGAGACACCCCAACACUACGAAGCAGAAGAAUCUUUCCCGCCCCAGAAAAAACCCCAUCCACUAUUUUCUCAAAGGAUAAGAACAGUCAAACUGCUGAGCGGUUAUCAGAAGAUGAAACCUAUUCCUCAAAUGGGACAUCUGCUCAGUUUUCGGCCAGAGGAAAUGUCAGUGACGAGCCCCCAGGCAGGGUGCUGCUGAUGUUGGUGGUGGGGAUGUCUUUUUCUACACGCCUCUACAAGAUAACAGAGCCCCCACAUGUGUGCUGGGAUGAGACCCACUUUGGAAAGAUGGGGAGCUAUUACAUCAACAGAACCUUUUUUUUUGAUGUCCAUCCUCCUCUGGGAAAGAUGCUGAUAGGUCUUGCCGGCUACAUGACAGGUUAUGAUGGCACCUUUCCUUUCGUAAAGCCAGGAGAUAAAUAUGAACACCACAACUACUGGGGGAUGAGAGGAUUUUGUGCCGUUUUGGGCUCUUUUCUCCCAAUCUUUGCCUACCUCGUAGUGCUGGAGUUGUCUCAGUCUCACACUGCUGCUCUCAUCACUGCCAUCCUGCUCAUAUUUGACACUGGCUGUAUCACUAUUUCCCAGUACAUCCUGUUAGACCCAAUACUCAUGUUCUUCAUCAUGGCAGCAGUGCUGACCAUGGUCAAGUUCUGCCAUCAGAGACACAGGCCUUUUACUGCCUCCUGGUGGCUAUGGUUGGUACUGACUGGUGUAAACCUUGCUGGAGCAUUGGGAGUGAAGUUUGUUGGUCUGUUUGUCAUCCUGCUUGUGGGAAUGAACACAGGCUGGGACCUCUGGAAACUUUUGGGAGACUUGAGUCUCUCCCUGGUGGAAAUUGCAAAGCACUUCCUGGCUCGGGUUGUUGGACUCAUCCUGCUCCCACUUCUCCUCUACGUUACAAUAUUUGCUAUCCACUUUGUCGUGUUAAACAAAAGCGGACCUGGAGAUGGUUUCUUCAGUUCAGCCUUUCAGUCUCGUCUAAUUGGGAAUAACCUACACAAUGCAUCCAUGCCUGAGUACCUGGCAUAUGGCUCCACCAUUACAGUUAAAAACCUCCGUAUUGCUGGAGGCUAUUUGCACUCUCACUGGCACCUGUACCCAGAGGGAGUGGGGACAAAGCAGCAGCAGGUGACAGCCUAUCUCCAUAAGGACUACAACAACUUGUGGAUUGUUCACAGACAGAGUGAUAACGAUUCUCAAUCUGGGAAACCUGAUCUGGUCCGUCAUGGUGACAUCAUUCGACUGGAGCACAAAGAAACCACUCGUAACCUUCACAGUCACCUGCAUGAGGCCCCUAUGACCAAGAAACAUUUCCAGGUUACAGGCUAUGGCAUUAAUGGCACAGGUGACACCAAUGACCUGUGGCAGGUGGAGGUGUGCGGAGGUCAGAAGGGUGACCUGGUGAAGGUGCUGCGUAGCAAAGUCCGCUUUCUGCACCGAGCUACCGGCUGUGUGCUUUACUCCUCUGGCAAGACUCUCCCAAAGUGGGGCUGGGAACAGGUGGAGGUGACCUGCAGUCCGUACUUGAAGGAGACUCCAAGCUCUCAGUGGAACAUUGAAGAUCAUAUCAAUCCCAAAUUGCCCAACAUAAGUUUGUCUGUGCUGAAGCCCCAUUUUCUGGAGAUCCUGCUGGAGUCCCACAUCGUUAUGAUAAGAGGUAACAGUGGCUUGAAACCCAAAGACAAUGAGAUGAACUCAAAACCCUGGCAUUGGCCCAUCAACUAUCAGGGGUUGAGAUUUUCUGGAGUGAACGACACAGAUUAUCGUGUUUACCUGCUUGGGAACCCUGUGGUCUGGUGGACAAACCUGGCCAGUUUAGGAUUGUAUCUUAUCAUGGUGGCUGUGGCGUCUAUAGCCCUCCAAAGAGGUGUGUCAUUGGGCCAGAAAAGAAUAGAACAUUCUCUUGUGCUUACGAGAGAAGGAGGACUGCUGCUUCUUGGCUGGCUGCUGCAUUAUGCACCUUUCUACACUAUGGGCCGUGUGCUCUACUAUCAUCACUACUUCCCUGCGAUGCUCUUCAACAGCAUGCUAACAGGGAUUACAUUAGACAUUCUGUUGAGAAGCUCUGACCUGCUUCUCCACCCACCGUAUUCUGAUUGGCUGCAGAGAGCUGGGCUGAUGGUACUUCUGUUCAGUGUUCUUUACAGUUUCUACCUGUUCCAUCCACUCUCCUACGGUAUGACGGGUCCUCUGGCACACGAGUCGGGCAGCGCCAUGGCUGGCCUGAAGUGGAUGGACUCCUGGGAGUUCUAGUCAGCUUUGCACAAAGAACAAACUAAUAUUGUGACGAAUGACCCCAAUUCCAGGAAAAGUUUGGUCGCUGUGUAAAAUGAAAACAGUGUGCAGUCAUUUCGAAACUAACUGUGUUAACAGUUUUAUGAAGUAUUCCUGAUCCGAUGUGGUCGUGUGUUUGACAAAGUGGUGAACCUCACCCUAUUCUUGGUUGUGACAAACUGAGCUUUUUGAGGAUGCUGCUUUCAUACCCAGUCAUGAUACUCUCACCUGUUACCAAUGAUAACGUUUACCUGUGGAAUGUUUCAAACGGUUGAUUUUUCUUUCCAUAACUUUUGCCGGCUUUUGUUGUAUAUAUGUCAAGAAGGAUAAGCAAGUUAUCACAUUGUGUUUUAUUUGUGUAUUACACAGUGUCCCAGUUUUUUUUUUGGAAUCGGGAUUGUAUAACUGUUUUCAGCAUAAGGGACUUAAAUCAAGGUCUCGUGGACUUAUAGUCUUAGAGUGUUUACAGUAAAAGACAAUUUUCUUAAGGUACUGACUGUCACUGCUGUGGAGUCUUUAGUUGUAGAUGUAUUUGUGUGUCUGAACAUUUCCAAGUAUUGUAAUCUGUAUAGAUUUGAAUCAGUGCAAUAUGGAAGCCAGAGUGUUGUGGAGUUUUUGAAAAUAAAGACCAAGACACUAAUUAUCACCAAACUGCCUUAACUCAACACAUCUCACAUCCUGGACUUCUAUAGGUAUAUGUGUUUACUGUACGUCUCAGUAAUAAACUAAAGUGCCUGAGAGGAGGAGGAGUGAAAAUAAUCAGAUAAAUUCACAUGCUGCAUCUCCAUGUUCAUUCAUCAGUCUUUAAGAAAAUACUUUUAGUUCAGUAGAUAUCAGAGUUCUGUGGUAUCAUGUUUUUGUUUGUGAUUGUCUUGGUCUUACUGUCUGGUCUGUACUUUUUAAUACUGUCCAUAAUGGUUUCUUUGUAUUAGACUACUACUGACUCUCAGUGUCAUAUGUAGGCGUACCUGUCAGCAUGAUCAAUAAAUUGUGAUAUUCUUGCGG